ACAGCAAGCUAAUCAGCUGCCCCGACGAGUCGGAGCAGUGGAGUCUGUUUCGUAUGUGUGCGUGUGUCACAGAAAUUGAUCAAGUAAUUUUCAUGACAUACUCGCGGGUGAUUCUGGUAGUGAGGAAAACGUUUUACAUUUAUUGGUGAUUGAAUGAAACGAGUGCCGCUAGAAGACGAAAGCUAACAGAUAGCUCACCCAAGCGACGGCCACCGGAGCUCGGAGGUUAGGAGAGCAAGCACGACCCACCAACCCACCAAGAAACGUGAGACCAUUCUGCGCCACCAACAUGCCUUUCCAGUGUGAUGUUUGCCGGAAGGACUUCGCUACCCAACAAGCUUUCGACGUUCACAUGAAAAACCACGUGGCGGGAAAGAAAACUUACAACUGCACUGUGUGCGACAAGAAAUUCUUGCGACCUGCACUUCUCCGUCAACAUUUACGCACGCACACCGGAGAAAAGCCCUUCCAAUGUAACCACUGUGAGAAGAAGUUUACGCAAAGUGGUACACUCCAAAGUCACAUCAGAACGCACACUGGAGAAAAGCCCUACGAAUGUAACCUCUGCGAGAAGAAAUUCAAGCGAGCUGAGUCUCUCCGUAGACAUUUCCAAUCACACACUGAAAACAAAAAGCCCUUCGAAUGUACCCACUGCGGGAAGAGGUUCGCGGAAAGUAGUUAUCUGCGAGUACACAUCCGAUUGCACACUGGAGAAAAACCGUUUGAGUGCACUGUUUGCAACAAAACAUUUGCGUCGACUUCUCAUCUUCGUUUCCAUGUCCGAACUCACUCGGGAGAGCAAAAGCGUUCAGAGUGCACGAUGUGCAGCAAGACAUUUUCUCACCCGCAGGGGCUGCGUUACCAUCUCCGAGCAGCGCACACUGGAGAGAGACCUUUCGAGUGCACCGAGUGUCACAAAACGUUUGCGUCCACUACUAAUCUUAGUACCCAUAUCAAAACUCACACGGGAGAAAAGCCUUUUGAAUGCACUGUGUGCGACAAAAAAUUCUCGCAAGAUGCGCAUUUGCGUGUACAUUUCCGAAUGCACACUGGAGAAAAGCCCUUCGAAUGUACCCACUGCCAGAAGAAGUUCACGCAAAGUAGUCAUCUACGGAUACACGCCCGUACGCACACUGGAGAAAAACCGUUUGAGUGUACUGCCUGCUACAAAACAUUUAACUCCACUAGUACCCUUCGUUCACAUGUGCGACUUCACACAGAAGAGAAGCCUCUUGAGUGCACUGUGUGCCAUAAGAAAUUUUCACAAGACCAGGCGCUGCGUGCACAUCUCCGGACCACGCACACGGGGGAGAAACCUUUCGAGUGCACAGAAUGUCACAAAAGAUUUUCGUCCACUGGUGCUCUUCGUAGCCAUUUGCUCCAUAACCAUACGACAGAGAAGCCUUUUGAGUGCAAUAUGUGCGACAAGAAAUUUCGGCAGGGGCACGUGCUGCGUGCACAUAUCCGGACACACACGGGAGAGGAGCCAGAGGUGCCUUUUCAGUGUACUGCGUGUAACAAGAAAUUCAGGGCCCGUAGUGAAAUGCUUGCACACUUUGUUGUGCACACGGGAGAGAAGCCUUUUAAGUGCUCGGUGUGCAACAAGGGAUUUAUGAAAGCCAGUAAUCUGCGUCAACAUGUACUAACGCACACUGACGAGAAACCUUUUGAAUGUACUUCCUGCCCGAAAAAGUUUGUUAAAAAAGGUGACCUGCUUAACCACACCCGAACCCACACGGGAGAGAAACCCUUCGAGUGCACUUUGUGCAACAAGAAAUUUUCGAUUGAGCGGGCGCUGCGUAGACAUCUCCGAACGCACACCGGAGAAAGACCUUUCAAAUGUACUGAGUGUCAGAAAGCAUUUGCGUCGGCUUCUUAUCUUCGUAUACAUCUCCAAACUCACACGGUCGAGAAGAAAUUUGAGUGUACCCAUUGUGAGAAGAAGUUUGCUCAGAAAGACAAUCUUCUAAAGCACACCCGAACCCACGCAGACACCUAAGUGCAUUUUGUGCAACAUGACAUUUUCGUGUUCUGCUGAACUGCGUUUACAUCCUAGAGUUAGCACGGGAGAGAGACCUUUUGAGUGUACUGAGUGUAAAAGAAAGUUUUCUUCAUCCAGUAAUCUGCGUAAACAUCUUGUAAAAAUGCACACGACCGAGAAACCCUCUGAGGGUCGUCUUUGACAGUCCGUGUGUUCCAUGCCCAUCUAAUAUCUCAUACGGAUCAUCAUUAUCAAGCACAUCACUGGGAUCUACGAACCCCUACAGGAGCCUUAAUAAUAAUCAAAUAAAAUCUUUUAAAUACCUUAUGAUCAUCAAUUCUGUAACUUGGUUGAAUGUUAUUUGCAUGAAUUAUGAAUGCGACAAGAGUUCUCAUGCUUGUAAAGACUUGCGUACAACGGUUGAGGCAAAAGGAGCAUGUAAAAGAGAAUCCAAAAUAAAUGUACCUUUUUAAAUGCAAAA